CGUCACGGGGAGAGGGGCCGCCGAGCGCCCGUCCCACCUGGUGCCCGUCCAACUCUUCCUCCUUCCCCCUUGGCUCUUUCUUUUCCCAAUGAGCUCCCGCGGGCUGGGGGAGGAGCGGGGGAAGGAGCAAACUUUGCCCCCGAGCUGCCGCCGCUGCCAGCCCUCUGGACUGUGAGUGCGUACGGUGGGCAUCCGCCCCAUCCUCCCUGCAGCACCAGCCCGCUCUCCGCCUGCUGCAGCCUCCCGCUCCCUCGCUUUCCACCCCGAAAUUUCGCACAGUACGAUGUAGGGGGCUUGUCGUUGUUCUUUUUAUUUUUUUCAAUUAUUAUUAUUAUUAUUAUUUAUUUCUCACCGAAGAUGGUUUAAUUUUUUAUAUUUCUAUUAUUUAUUAAUCCCUCCCAACCGUAAACCUUCCCAGCUUGCUGCCAGCUGGGCCACAGCAUAAAGCCUGGGACUGCACCUGGGGCCAUGAGCCCUGCACUGAAGAAGCCUCCUAGAGGGAUGUACCGGGGCCGCGCAACAGACUAAGACCCGAGCCCCGAAGCUUACACCACCAGAUAUCCCCUCUCCCUCAUCCCCUCCGCCCGCCUUUUCUGCGCCCCAUCCCCUUGAAACCUCGGAUUCCUGCCUGCCCUGCGCUCCGGAGACUUGCACCGGAGUGAAAAGCCCAGUGUCUGAGGAGAGACGGGGCGACCGUGCUAGAUGCAUGGGGGAGGGCUCCGGUUAAUGCAAGUUCUGGGCUCCUGCAGGGACCCCGACAACUGUCAGCAGCAGCAGCAACUCGGGGCCUCCUCCUCUGCUUCCUCAGCGAUGCUUUUCCACAGUCUGUCCGGCUCGGAGAUGCACGGGGUCAUCGACGAGAUGGAUCGGAGAACCAAGAGCGAAGCACCGGCCAUCAGCUCGGCUAUAGACAGGGGAGAGACCGAAACGACCAUGCCUUCCAUCAGCAGUGACAGGGCUGCCCUGUGCGCCGGCUGCGGGGGGAAAAUCUCCGACCGUUAUUACCUCCUGGCUGUGGAUAAACAGUGGCACAUGCGCUGCCUGAAGUGCUGUGAAUGCAAACUCAACCUGGAGUCCGAGCUCACCUGCUUCAGCAAGGACGGCAGCAUUUACUGCAAGGAGGAUUACUACAGGAGGUUUUCGGUGCAGAGAUGUGCGAGGUGUCACCUGGGGAUUUCUGCCUCCGAGAUGGUCAUGAGGGCCAGGGAUUUGGUAUAUCACUUAAAUUGCUUCACUUGCACCACUUGCAACAAGAUGCUGACCACCGGCGACCACUUUGGGAUGAAGGACAAUCUGGUGUACUGCCGCCUCCAUUUCGAGACUCUCAUCCAGGGGGAGUACCAGGUGCACUUCAACCACUCGGAUGUAGCCGCUGGGAAGGGCCCGGCACUGGGAGCGGGCUCUGCCAACACUUUGGGACUGCCUUACUACAACGGUGUGGGGACUGUCCAGAAGGGGAGACCCAGGAAAAGGAAGAGCCCAGGGCCUGGAGCGGACCUGGCAGCCUACAACGCAGCUUUAAGCUGCAAUGAAAACGAUGGUGACCACCUGGAUAGAGACCAGCAAUACCCCAGCAAUCAAAAAACAAAGCGGAUGAGGACAUCAUUCAAACACCACCAGUUGCGGACAAUGAAGUCAUACUUUGCUAUUAACCACAAUCCUGAUGCCAAGGACUUGAAACAGCUAGCUCAGAAAACUGGCCUGACCAAAAGAGUUCUUCAGGUUUGGUUUCAAAAUGCUCGAGCCAAAUUCAGACGGAACCUCUUACGUCAAGAAAACACAGGGGUGGAUAAGACUUCAGACUCAACACUCCAAGCAGGGACCCCAUCAGGUCCUGCCUCAGAAAUAUCCAAUGCCUCCAUGAGUCCAUCCAGCACUCCCACUACUUUAACGGACUUGACUAAUCCUACUAUGCCUACUGUGACAUCUGUCUUGACAUCAGUGCCCGGAAGUCUUGAGGUUCAUGAAUCUCGAAGUCCUUCACAGACGACUCUUACGAAUCUUUUCUGAUGACUCUUUCUUAAUAAUUUCUUUAAAAAAGAAAUUAUUCUUAGCUGAAAUUCCAAGUGUAUUUUAAUAGAGGCUUUGAGCAACUGACUAACCACAAUUAGGAUCUCUCCUAAAAAAAACAGAAGGAAAUGUAGUGUUCUGGUAUGGCGGAGUAUGGACUGAAGAAUAACUUGGAAGAUCUAUUGCAACACAACAUUUGUGUAACUGUACAGUUUUGUGGACUGAGCAAGGGAAACAGCAAUUAAUUUAAGUUGGCUAAAGCUUCUGUAUUUUCAAAGACUGCCAUGUGCCUUAUAUACUGUUUUAUCUACAUUCUUUGGGUUCCAUGUCCACUUCUCUCUUUUUCUCUCUGUAUAUUUAUGACCAGGGCAAAAAUGUUAAGAGUUUGUUACUUUGAAUAGUCCUAAGCCUUUCAUUGGUUGCUUUGUUGUUUUAGAAUUUUAAGGUUGAAGUCUGUUCAAAUACCAGAAUUUGUAAAAUCUAACCAGUAAUAAAACCACUUACGGAAACUACUUGGUAAUGGCUGCAGUUACGUUUAACACUAGUGUCACAAUCAAGAUAGGCUGAUUGUAUUUAAAAAGAUUAGAAAACUGCUCUACAAACACAGUGUCUGCCUAGGAUAAACUCUAAAUAUGCUGUGUGUGUUCCUCCUAUUCCCAUAUAUGGGUGAGAAGUCCACCUUGUGCAACAGUGUAGUUAUCCUCAGCCUAGAGAAAUAACACUUAGUUGCAGGUAGAACUUACCAGAUAAUGUUAAAAAUCAAGCAGAAAAUCCAUACUUAAUUUUGCUGUGUGAAACAAAUCUGACUUCAGCUGGCAUUUACAAGAACAGUCUUGCUCUUAUGCAAGACGCUUCAUGGGGGAGGCGAGCAUGAGGGUACCCAAUAGCUCUGUGGCCACAGUCAGCCCCUUACAAGGUAGACACUGGGCACAGUUUUCCUUAGGAAAAAGGCAGAAUGUUUCAGGUUAUUUUACAACACUGGUGGGCAAAGUCGAGGCAAAAUUAUGUUUUAUAAAGACACAGCCUUACAUUUUUUGUAAUGCUUUGAAGGAAUAAAAAACCAAGGAAAAAUAUGACAUGGAGGAUACUAAUAAAAGUGGUUAUUCCUUUAAUGAUUAAGGACCUUUCAAUACAAUUGAACUCCUUCUUCCCCCCAAAUCUGUGCAGAAUAUAACUCAUAUUUUGAGUUUUUUUCUAUUGUUUUUAAAGAUGCUUUUCUGUAAUUAAAGAAAUACCUCAGCAAAGUUUAAAUAUGUACAAGAAUGAGUAUACACCAUGCUGUUUGCCCAGUAGUUUUAUAGAUUUUGAGUGGUACAUAAGAUGCAUAUGGUUAUUCCUUUUCAAACCUGUUAUGAUCAGUGGAUUUCAGUCGGACGUUUGGUUGUAUGUGUCUGGCUCUCUAAAACUAAUCCGUCAUUCCCAUUGGAACAAAAUGGCGAAAAGAUUAAUGCAAAUAAACAGCAACAUAGGUGCCAAGAUUCGUGUUCUUUGCCCUCUUCAGUGCAUCAAAGAUGAUUCAGUAGACCAGACUCGUUGGUCACAAUGUUUUGGUUUUAAAAGCUCUACGUUUAUUCAGCUUUCUCAGCUGAAAAUUUGCCAUUCUUGUGCAAAUGAAAUUCCUAUCGAGAUCAGUGAGAGAUCACAGAGCAUGAGCACUGUGGGACAGUAAUGCUGGCAUAAUUAGGCCAUUUAUUAACCUUCUUCACACUUCAGUUUAAAAAAACCCCACAGGUGAGUUAUCUGAAAAGCAAGAUAGUCCUCAAAAUAUCCUAACCAGCUAAGAUGUGUGAAAGGGAUUAUGUUCUGGUCACUAAAACCAAUAGGCUUAGCGUAGUUCAUUAAGUUAUGCACAAUGAUGCCCCAUGAAAAAGGAUAAUUUGGGUUGAAUUAAUAACUGUUACAGGUUUGUCCAAGACAUUUUUCCUCAUAAGAUAAAUGUGUAAUAAGGAAACUGUGCUGGUUAGUGGACUGUAAAAGAGUACAUAUGCGCCUUUCAGAGAUACUCGGACACAGAGAUUCUGCUGUAUGUAAUGUUUUGUUCACUGUCGAUUACCUUGGAGACUUUAUAUUUUUUUACAUGCUUAGCUGUAUCUUUUCUUGAUGUAAAAGGCAAUGUUGGUCCACUCUUAAAUGGAUACAGCCCAUAAUUAAAAAACCUGUGUAUUAAGUUGUAAACGGUUUCCGAAAGAAAUGAAUCCUGAAUUCCUAAGUGUUACGGCAAAUGUAGCGGAUAACAACUGAAAUGUUCUUUAAAACUGCAGUGCUAUUAUUUGUGAUCUUGUGUUUUAACUACCUGAAUCCUCACAGAUGGAAAUACCUUUCAAAUCAAUUUUCAAUAUUGCCUUUUCAAAUAACUGACGUUUAUGAAGGGGAAUACUCUGGUGUUAAUCUUAUCUAAAACCUAUAAGAGACAAUUAGAGAAAUUGUCUGGUUUAAUCAAAUCAGGGAUUUUGCAUAUAAAUAAGAGACAAUAUUCUAUGUAGGGUCUUUAUGUAGGUGCAUUAGGAUUCACUCUCUGGCUCCGAUGACCUAUGUUAUCCCCAUGACUGUUUCAAUCCUGUGGUAUUGUUUGGUUGUUUAGAGCUUGUUGGUUUUGAAUGCUGUACAUUUUUUUACUACUGCAAUCCUAAUGUUUCUUCACAUACUUGUACAGUUCCACAUUUGAUGUAUUAGUCUGGAAUUCUGUUAAAAACAUGAACAAAAAUGGAAAUGAUAUUUCUUUGGAAGUGUAUUUUUACUGUAUAUCUAAUUUGAACUAGUUGAACAUACUUCUUUACAUUUUGCAUGAUAGGUGUGUAGUUCAUUUUUUAAAUAUGAAAGAGACUUAAGAGUAACUUAGAAUGAGAAUAUAAUGAAACUAUACAACUAUGGAAAAUACAUACAAUGAUUUGCUA